CAAUAUUCAACUUUUUUUUUCUCAAUUUUCUUUUGCCUUUAUUCUGGUCACAAUAUCAUGACUAGAAAAAAGGUGAAACUUGCUUUCAUUUCAAAUGAUGUUGCAAGAAAAACAACAUAUAAGAAAAGGCAAAAGGGUCUAUUGAAGAAGGUUGAAGAACUAAGCACCCUUUGCGGAAUUGAUGCAUGCGCUAUAAUUUAUGGCCCUUAUGAUCCUCAACCUGAGAUUUGGCCAACACCGCAGGGAGUUCAAAGUGUGCUCUCAAAAUUCAGGACGAUACCUGAAUUUGAGAAGAGCAAAAAAAUGUUGAAUCAAGAGACAUUCAUGCAACAAAGGAUUUUGAAGGCUAAAGAUCAAGUGAAGAAGCAAAUGAAAGAUAAUAAGGAGAAAGAGAUGACACUUCUAAUGUUUCAAUGCCUUAAUUUAGGUGAAAUUGUACACAACAAUUUGUCAAGGACUGAUUUGAAUCAUCUUGAUUGGUUGAUCGAUCAAAAUUUGAAGGACAUUGAUAAAAGGUUGGAAGUAGAAGAUAAUAAUUAUAAUAAUGGCCCAAGUCAAAUCAUAACUACUCAAAACCAAGUUCCAGUCCAAAUGGCACUACCACCGUCGUCGCCACCACCGGCAACACCUUGGAAGGAGGAAAUGACAAUGGUGAUGGGUCAUAGUGGAAUGACAAUGAAUAAUGAUGACAUCAUGCAAAGGAAGUUCUUGAUGGAUUUGAUGGUGAAUGGUAAUGGAGAUGAGACAAUUCCAUUUGGUCAUCCUCAUGAUGCAAAUCUUCAAAGUGGAUUUUGGUCUAAUCAACUACCUUAAA